GAGUUGAUUUCUGAAAAUCCGCCAUUACUGAAGAGGCAUAACGGUUCCAAAGAUUCAAAACUGAAAAAUCUGACUUUCAAGUUAAAGGGUCUCUUUUUAUGAAAAUCAAACAUAUAGAAUAUCUAUCAUUUUUCAAAUAGUAUGUUCUCGAUCAGUUUUGAACAGAUGCGACGGAUCUUGUCGAUCAAAAUUCACGCAUAUUAUCAAUGGCUAUUUUCUGUUCCAAAUUAAUUUUUAUUGCUUUAGUUAUUUUUAUAAUUAUUUAAAAAUGAUUUCUCGAAGGAUUUCAUGGGGAGAGGAGGCUGAGGUGAGAAGAUGUUGAUCUGAUGGUGAUACAGGGGUAAAAUCGGAAUGAAAAAAAUGAUAAUGGGAUGAGGUUAGUUUUUUAAAUAUGGUCACCUUUAGGUGCAUAGACACCAAUUACUCUCUUUUUUUUUUAAUGGAACGGGGACGAGGAAUCCAAAGGGUUAGUAUAUACCAUUAUGGUAGUUCUCAAGGAGGUUCGUUGAACAUGCAGACGCAGAUAUAUAUGCAUUUACUGAUCACAUUAAUCCCUUGGCGAUUUGUUUCCAAAUUCAAAAGCUUUUCCCGAGGUUCAUAAUUUCAUUUACUGCUUGACAAGAAACCUUUUGAGAUUCUACCUCUGGCUCUUCAACAUAUAGAGGCAAAUCUUCUUGAUUUCUUUAAAACGUGUUACCCACCCACAAUAGUAAAUUCUAAGUCUCUUAUCUUCCACAUUUGGUCGCUCUACUCGUUUUCCUUUUAUUUCCAAUGGAUAAUGGUGUAAAGUUCAGCUUGAAACUUCUCAUUGAUGAGAAGAGAAACAAAGUUGUUUUGGCCGAGGCUGAGCAGGAUUUUGUUGAUGUGCUCCUCAGCCUUUUGACUCUCCCAAUGGGUAAAAUCGCUGGCUUGCUCAAGGAUCACAAGACAGUCCUCAGCUUCUAUAAAAACCUUAACAAAAGUGUUGCAGAUAUGGACACUAGUCAUUUUGAGACAGAAGCUUGCAAGAGUAUGUUGUUGGAUCCAAAGAGUAGUAAGGAUACCCAUCGCAAAAGGCUCAAACUGAACAUGAGUUAUACUGUUCCAACAGAGUUCUUUGUGUGCCCAAGUUUUUUCAAGAGUCCUUCAUGUGGAAGCAGGGCAUACAGCAAUUUUAACACCUCAAAAUGUAGCUGUGGAGCUUUGAUGGAUGCUCGGAUUCAUGUCCCAGAAGAAGUUCAAGUUGAACAAGUGAUAGGAGAUAUUGCAGAUGGAGUGUUUGUUAAUUUCCGAUCCUCUUUCAUUGUCACUGAUGAUUUGAAAGUGACACCGAACUCUAUUGGUGUUCUCAUGAAUGUUCUAAAUGAUCUAGGGUACGUUGGUUAUAGUGAUCUGCGGGAAACCCUAAUUGAUGUAGGUUUUGAACAGGUACUUUAUUGCCUUUUUAUUCUUCUUUCUGAUUGUCACGCACGUUAUAGCUCUUAAUAUAUAAUUUUCUAUGGAUGUAGGUGCUGACUCUACUAGGAUGUUUAUUCACUUCAGAAGCUCCCUUGACAAGCGCAUUCCUCAGAAAAACUUGCAUGACAAGUAAGAGGAUGCAUGAAAUGUUUUCUCCACCUGCGCUGGAAAAUGGGAACGCAAAUCCAGGCAGAGUGUGUUCUGUGAAAGUUUUUGUUAGAAAGGUUGAUAGAGAGAUUCUGUAUGCAGAGUGCAAUGAAGACCUCAUUGACUCUCUUCUCACCUUUCUGGUUCAUCCUCUUGAGAUGGCUUGCUCAUUGUCUAAUGACAAUACCAUUUUUGGAUGUGUUGGAAACUUGUGUAGAAGUCAAUGUAGAGGAGAUGCUUUCAAGAGUUGUUAUCUUCCUGACUUUUAUAUUUGUAGUAACAAUAAUCUGAUUUAUUAUGCUCACCAAUCAAUGACAUAUCAAUGUUUGAUUCCUCACCAAGGAUACUCUAGUUUCAAAGUCGCCAGGAACAUCGAUCGGUCUCUCUCCAAAAUUGGCAACAUUGUGAGUACGUAUCCAACUAAUCCAAAAGUCAGGUCUGGUACUUCAUCAAGUUGUGGGAGUGGGUUUAUGAAGAAAAAAACGAAGUUCAUUAUGUCUAAUGAUCUUACUAUAACUCCAAUGAAUUCAUCUUCAACCAUUGGCUUGCUAAGGAAGAUGCAGGUAGACAUCAAUGAUCUCGAGGAGUUUCAGAUCACCAUUUCCAAAGCAGAGGUAUGCUUUUAGUAUUUACCUUCUUCAACCUUUUGUUCUCAUGCAUCUCCAAAGCAGAUGUAUAUCCAUCUAUCCUCAGUUAUAAUCAUUUUUCUCAUGCCUGCAGCUCAUAAGCAUUCUUAGAGCUUCAUUGGUCUCCUCAUCUGCAUUGACCGAUGGUCUCUCAAAUUU